AUGGCCGACGGACACGCCAGCAGCCGGUCCGAGGAUGGUGGUGGUCCUCCAUCCGAUGGCACCUCCACCACCGGUACACCGUUGCCCCGCAAACCGAUGUCGGUGUCGCGGUUGAAGGAGAAAGGCAAGAAGCUGGCAUCAGCGCACAUCCAUAGGGAACUGGCGGUUAAUGGUUCGUCGGAUAGUCUGAACCGUUUGCUGGAUGAUCUGCUGUCACCGGGACGUCCCAUCUCGAAUAGUGAUAAUAUUGAGUGGUGUCGUUGGCUCGUCGCUGGUGGACGAACACCGGCUGAGUUCGCCUCUAUAGUUCGCGCCUACGACAACCAUGCAAAAUGUGGCCUGGUCUGGAUACCGCACGUGGUCGCAUACCGGUGUAGGACCUGCGGUAUAUCACCCUGCAUGUCGAUCUGUCGCGACUGCUUUAAGCGAGGCAACCACCGGAAUCAUGAUUUCAACAUGUUCCUAUCACAGGCAGGCGGCGCAUGUGACUGUGGUGACACAUCCGUCAUGAAGGCGGAAGGUUUCUGCAGUGAUCACGGACUCAACACCUGCCAGAACAAGGCGCCGGUACCGGACGAUCUGAUGCUGGUGGCGGAAGCGAUGAUGCCCCAGCUGAUCCUGCGCAUGUUGCUGCACUUCCGCGAGUACAGUGCUGCCAACCUCGACUCGGCUGAUUGUCGCCGGACGGCGGAGUACUGCAACGACUACUGCGCGAUGUUGAUGGAGUUCAACAACAUGGGCGAGUUGAUGAGGCGCGUGAUGACACGCACGUUGAUCGAUCGGAAUGUGUACCGGCGGUUGCUCGAACCACCGUUUCCUUCCACCCGUUACGGGCAGUACCUUCGUGACAGUAGCCAGCAGUACGAGGAUGCGUUGCGGCAAUUUCCCUCACCAGAGCCACCGCAGGACUACAGCCAUCUGGCGGCACUCGGGCGAACCAUCGUGCACGAGACCCUGCUGGAGGAGUUCAUCUUCUGGACGUUCAAGUACGAGUUCCAGCAGCACAUCGUGUGCUUCCUGCUGAACAUGCUGCCGGAUCAGGACUACAAGGAGCACCUGACGCGAACGUUCGUGAUGCACUAUUGCCGCAUACCGAGCGUGCUCGAGCUGUCCAACGAUCCGGACACGCUCAGCAAUCGAGUGGUGCACAUGAGCGUGCAGCUGUUCUCGAACGAAAGCCUAGCGCUCAGGAUGGUGGAGGAGCUGUCGCUGUUGCACGUGAUGAUCAUCAGCUUGCGGCAGAUGAUGUCCAAGAUUCUAACACCGCACACGCUGCACGAUCCGGAGCACAACUUCCAUUACGUCGUUGAUUGUGCCGAGCGAGUCAUGAAGGAGCACUGCUACUGGCCGCUUGUGUCCGACUUCAACAACGUGCUGUCACACGAAUCGGUUGCGCUCGUUUUCCUCAAGGAUGACGACCUCAUCGACAUGUGGUUCCAGUUCCUAUCGAUGUUGCAAGGAAUGAACGUGAACAUUCGCGAAAUCAUCAGCCAUGUAGAGUUCGAGUCCAGUUCCUACUAUGCCGCCUUCAGCUGUGAGCUUGAGGCAAGCGCCUACCCGAUGUGGUCGAUCAUUUCGCACCUACAAGAUCCGUCGCACGCGCCACUCGCCAAAAAGAUCAUGAUGUACUGCGUGAACUAUCUGCAGGACUGGCUGGAUGCGAUCAACUUCUACCAGCAGCCCAAGUUCGGGAAGGGUGACCGGUAUCGGGCAUCGUUCCAUUUUCCACUGCAUCGUUAUCUCGCUGCCUUCAUCUGUCAGGGCGUGAAGACGAUGGGGAUGUCCUUAAACGACAUUCUACCAUCGGCCGAUCUGCUGCCGAAGCUGAUGAUGCAUCCACUACGCGUUCAGAGCCUAUUCUACGAGAUCCUGUCAAGCGUGUGGGUGCGUAACGGACUGCAGAUCAAAGGCCAAGCGAUGACGUACAUCCAGGCGAACUUCUGCAACUCGAUGGUCGACAUGGACCUGUUCUUCCUGCAAAUCUGCGCAACCCAACUACCACCGAACCUGUUCGUGAGCGAAUGUAUCGGAAUGUUUGGCGUCGAAGACUGGCUGGGUCUGAGCAUGUUCAGCACACCAGCCGAGAUGGAGCAAGACUCGAUGCUGGAGGGUUUGCUCACGUUCCUGGCCACCCUAAUCACGUCCCGCAUCAACCUCGGCAACGACGAGACGACGCAGUGCGUGAUCGAGAUCAGCGCGUUGCUUGCGACCGGCGACAAAACCCACAGCCAGCUGCUGGAGCUGAUGCCGGAACGUAGUGGCAAUGCGCAUACGCGCAACUUCGAACGUUACCUGAAGGAGCUGUCCAUCUACCGGCCACCUCCGGUUGGUUCGGAGAACCUCGAGCAGGGGUUGUUCAUGCCGGUUCCGGCCGUGUGGGAGCGACAUUAUGAUCCCCUGCACGUGCUACUGCGAGCUGUACAUCGGCGUGACUUCCAGAACUCACUGGACCGGUUCGGGGCGUACGUUAAGCAGGCAGGCAAGAUGCCCCGUAGUGGGAACCUUUGGCCACCGUUCCGGUUGCCUGGAUCCUGUGGGCCCGCCUACAGUGACCCAGGAGCGGUGCUCAGCUCGCGCAUCCUGCACGCGACCAUCCUCGCCAUUUUCUACCGAGCCGUGCACACGCACAACGUGUCUGAGCACAUGCUUGCACUCGCCGUGUUCCUACUUGAGAUGGCCGUUUGUAGUGCUGGAGUGGCCGGUGGUGAAGCGGCCACCAGUAGUUCUACGGUGGGUGACAACGCACCAGCGACCGGUGGUGUAGAGGAGCAGUUGGCUGGAGAAGCGGUUCCGGAUUUGUUAAACUGCUACCCAAGCAAUUGUCUGAGCGAUAAUCUAAAGAUGACGGUACGGAGGAUCUCACUGUUGCCAAUGAUGUUCAGGUUACCUGUGUCCUACCACAAACCAAUGGAUGGAAGUUCGCCACCCUUUGACAGUGACGUAGAGUGGGACCUGUCAGAGGACGAGACGCUUAUGAUGAUCGGAAGCAACCCCGAGGGUGAGAUUGCACCGGGAGCGACCGGUUCGGCGGGACCGGUGGCCGCAACUUCCGGUGUGUCCGCUGCCACAGGUUCCGGUACCGUUCAGGGUGGCAGCACGGUGGUGCGGCGUGGGACGGAACAGCAACAGUUGAUGCCGUCGCGUGCCAUCACCAGUGUGGAGGUGGUGCCACUCACGCAGGACAUCACGAUGAUGCGGAACAACCUGGUCAUACCGGCACGCCGGGCGGCUAUUCUCACGCUACCGUCGGGUAAUAGCAGUAGUAGCGGCAAUACCACCACGACAUCUUCCUCCUCCACCACGCACAUGGUGGUGGAGGAGGAGGAGGACGACGCGGACGAUGAGGCGGGGGACGAGAGUUUGCGGGAUCGGCGCGCGGUGACGGCUGGUGGUGGCGGUGGUGGUGGUGGGCAGCAGGAGAACUCCUCCGACAUGGCGCUAAGGAGGCGUCGGUGGCAUCUUCUGCAGCGAUUGCUCGAUCCCCAACCUGUCACCGGCCGGGGAGGUGGUACGGUGGAAGUGGCAACGGGUGAUGCGCAGGAUGAGGACAUGCCGGCGUAUCACGUGAUGGACGCGGACGGUGAUGUCGUCGAGGAGCAGGAGGAGCAGCAACCGAGUGAACUACUGGCAUUGCGAGCCCGCUAUCUGAUGCUGGAACGAAGACGUAGCAGCGUUGGGAACGCGAACGUUGUCCAACCUGCCGACGUGGACGAUUAUCUGGAGGAGGACGAAGACGACGAUGAGGAAGCCGAUGAUGAGGAGAAUGACGGUGACGAGGAGGAUGAUGAGCUGAGUGGAGCGGAUGGGCGGGGGGUGGUGGGUGCGAACGGGAACGGGGAUGCACUGGACAUUGCCACCAUACAGUCGAUAAUGCCACGUGUCCCGGGCAGGACACGUGCCCGUGCAGCUCAAGUAGCUCGUCCUCGGGCAGGAGAACCAUUGCAUCACCAUCACCAUCACCGACACCAUCACCAUCAUGGUGGAGAGCAUCGAAAUAGUACAGGUACCGUGGCAGGACCCCUCGUGCGCUCGAACCAAACCCGUGCCUCAGAGUUUAUCGUGGAGGAGGCGAGUGACGAGAGUGUUGGCGAAAGGACGACGACUGGCGGAACGACAACAGGAGUGGAGUUGAUGAUCCGGCACGAGUUCGUACCAGCUUCCGCAGCAGGUGUUGAAGGUACCGGUCAACAGGAGGUGGCGAUUCCGCAGCAACAACGCGCCCUCACACCACCUGUCUUUGGUUCCACUCCCGGACCAGCGAGUGGUACCGGCUCGGGCACCGGCAUGUUGCUACCCUUCAGCCGAACACCAGCCACAUCGGUUGUGGCUCCAUCAGCAGCCUCCAGCUUGAGCGUGGUACCUCAGCAACCCCAAUCCCAGCAGCAGCAGAACGCAGAGAAUCAGAUGCAGUACUACCAAGUGAACCAUCAUCACCACCAUCACCAUCAUCAUCACCACCAUCGGCAUCACCAUCACCAUCACAACCACCUUGGCGGGAGUGUGGCAGGUUCGACCGGAACCGGUGCAACAGGCGCGAUCCAGCACCAGGGCACCCAAUCGCUGCAGCAGCAAACUCCGCGCCAUUACCUCCGUACCCUGCAGCCGGCGGGUGCGGGGCAGACGCAGGUGGUCGCGGCAGGUGCGGCCGGGUCUGGCCAACCGCAUUGGAUGAGGUUCAAGCGGCGCAAUCUGCGCCAUCAUCACCAUCACCAUCGGGCUGGUGCGGGAUCGGCGAAUAUUGGCUGUGACAUGACUCCCCGGGACGGUACGGGUGGUAGCGGGGCGAGUGGUACCGGCGGGACACCGUACGGUAAUCCGUUCGAAGGAAUGUGCGAACCGGACACCGUCAUGCUGGAGGAAUCCAUCAUCUCACUCCUGCUUAAGCUCCACUCGCAGCUCAGUGGCGCUCUGGACAGCUUUUCGCUGGAUGACGAAACGGAAGACGAGCUAACGAUGGGUGGAGGAGGUGGUGGUGGUGGUGCGGGAGGUGAACCAACGACCUCGCAAACGGUCCCAGCGAGCUCCCCUGCUGCUGCAGGUUCUUCGUCCGAGUCGUCAGGACCUGCGGGAACGCUCCCACGCGAAGAUCCUGCCCGCAUGGAGCUAGACGAGGAGGACACACCGGGUGUGGCGGGAAGUGGCCAGCAGGGAACUAGUCAAACGGAACCAACCGCAACGGCGGAACAGCGACAGAGGCCACGGUGCGGUCGGAUCUCCGAGUCCCGCAUCGGGGACGGACCGUUCUUCAUCGGCAAUCUGCUCCGUAAGAUCGCCGCCCUGGAUGAGACGUGCGCGGUCCGGAUCGACGAGAUUCGGGCGCAGCUGUGGCCGAACCAAAGAGAGCGGCAGGCGGAGCAGAAGGCACGGGAAGCCCGCGAGAAGGAGGAGCGCACCAAGCGCGCGAAGGAACGCCAGAAGAAGAUGAUGGAGGAGUUCGCGAACCGGCAGAAGCGGUUUAUGCUGCUCGCGAUGCAGACGAUGGGUGGCGAGGGUGCAGACCCGGGCGGUAUGGAGUUCGGGUUUGGUGAGGACGAGGGAGAGGGUGAGUCAGCGGCGGCGGCCGAGGAGCAGCGGGCGGAGGCGUUGCGCGAGAAGGAGUACGAUUGCAUCAUCUGCAACACCUCCGGGCCGAGCACGGAGUCAAAUCCCAUCGGGUUGGUAGUUCUUGUGGAGUCGAGCAGUGUGGUUGGACACCGCCGCAUGCUAGUUGAUCGCCUGGCCUUGCCUCUAGGUGAGGAAGAUCGUGUAAGACUUGCUGAGAGCGUGACACUAGCGAGCGAGUUUAACAAGCGCAUCGAUCUGCUGCAGUGGAAGUUUGGUCAGACCUCGUGGUUCCUCUCGCACAACAUCGGUUGGGAGGGUGGCGUGCACAUCCAAUCGUGUGGUCACCACGUACACCUCUCAUGUCAGGAUGCAUACCUGAAGUCGUUGCACACGCCCCGUAGCCCAAACAACCUGAACGUCGAGUUAGGCGAGUUCUUCUGCCCUGUUUGUCGACAGCUGGCAAACUCGGUAUUGCCACUUAGUCCGGCCCUUGACCGUUCAGCACCAUUGAUCCGAACACCGACACCUCCCCACAAGACACUCGUAGUCGAGCUGAUCGGGUUGUUUCAGGAGAGCAAGCGCUCACCAAUGGCCAGCAAGUUUUGUGAGGCGAUGGGUCGCGCCAUGGGCAACAUCACCGCUUGUACGCAGCGCAACAUCAAGCGCUAUCCUGUGACGCUGCAGAGCCUGUUCUCGUUUGUACUCUCGAUCGCACGCACCAACCUCGAAGCUGAGGUGAUCCAGCGUGGUGGUUCACUCUGCAGCACGGAGGACAUCCGGUACAAGCCGAAACGUGACUGCAUCGUACCAUUAUUGCACGUGCUGUCGCUACACGUCCGGCUCAUGAUCAACGAUGACUGGCCGAUCCGGUUCAAGGUGGGCGAUGACUGGCCAUGGCAUUCCUGGUCCCGGCUCACCGGUAUCCGGCUUGCGUACGGUGAAGAACACGCUGGUGAGGAGUCUGAAGUGCCCACUACCGGGGAAGACGCACCAGCGGACGGUACGAUGGCCGUAGUACCUUCGAGACGAACCGAGGAUGGUGAAGGACUGCUGGAACAAGAUGGCGACGAUGCAGAACAGCGGAUGAGAACGCGAAGAUCCGGAAGUAUCUGUGGAAUGCUGUUGCCGGCCAGCAUCCGUGGUAUGCUGUUGCCACCACCGACGACUGGUGAGGCGACCGCAGCGCCCUCUAUCGGUGCUUCCUCGUCUGGAGCAGCGAAUGCGAGCCAGAACACGACGACAACGGCCGCAACCAGUACUAUCGUCGACACUGAAACUAUCCCUGAUCUGAUCAGCGAUCCGACGGCGUUGAUGCUGAAGUUUAUUCUCCUCGCACCGCUUCAUCUUGAUCAGGCGUACUUUACGUGCAUCGUGAAGGUGAUGUACAACCUGUUGUACUACCAGAUCGUGCUGCAGCUGUGUACCCACCUAACCGACGAAGAGUGCGACGAGUUGAUCACCCGGUACGGACAAACCAGCCAACCACCGCCGGCAGUUGUACGCGAACAUGGCGUUCCCCACAUCGGUGUUGCGAUGGCGUUUAUACUUGGGCAGCUCGAUCGCUGCCGGCACAUCCGCAGUGACAGCAUCCUGAUGGGUGUUGGUGGCACUACCGACAACGCGGAAGAGUCACCGGCAAUGGAUACUCCCGGAGAUGGCGGUAGAAAACGGAAGUCGAACCUGGAUCGAUUCGAGAAUCAGCUGCAACGGCUUUGUCUACCGUUCUUGCGUGUUGCCGCGCUGCUGAGGCAUCAUAUCUAUCACGCCGAGAUACCGGAGAUCGGAGGACCUCAGCUGGAGUUCGCACGGCUCGUCUACUUCCUCGAGCUAGUGACGGUAUCGAUGGACUGGGACAAGUUUAACGCGAGUAAGGCGCUCUGCUUCCUGCCUGGCACGGAACUAGCGCUGCCGAAGAACUGGUGUGAUCAGCUGCGCAACCUUCGCCCGACUUACGAGUCUACUAGGUCGUUGAUUGUUCAGCAGCACAUCGACUGGCGUCAACCGAAGCUGCUUAGGUUGCCUCGCGAGUACGAGCGGCUUUUCACGUAUUACCACGAGCAACCGUGCCAGAAGUGUCAGAACGUGCCGAAGGAAAGUUCCAUAUGCUUACUGUGUGGCACGAUCGUGUGCAUCAAGCAGACCUGCUGCAAGGAACAGGAUUGCUGCGAGGCCGUACGGCACUCUAUUAGCUGCGGUGGUGGUACGGGUAUCUUCCUCGUGAUCACCUCUACGUACAUCAUCAUCAUCCGGGGUCAUCGGGCGUGUCUGUGGGGUUCGCUCUAUCUGGACGACUAUGACGAGGAAGAUCGCGAUCUAAAACGUGGCAAACCGCUGUAUCUGAGCGAGGAUCGGUUCAACCUGCUCGAGUCGCAGUGGCUUUCGCACAGGUUCGCGCAUACCAAGCACAACUGGGUCUGGCAUCGAGAUUCGCUGUAA